AUGCAGUUGUUGGCUUUUGGAAUGAUGGUAAUGGUGAGGUUGAAGGACACCGUCGCUGUCGCGGUUGAGAACAGAGGAUCGCGGGAAGGGAAGGAAUCUUCUUCGGAUCCUCACCAGCACGUGGACAAGUCGGAUGAGCAUGGGGAAGAAGAUGACAUGCGGGACUUGCAAGACUGCAUGGGUCGCUGCCUCUCCGAUGCGGGAAUCCGCUGGAGAGCCACGUUCACGACACCGUUUCACGAAUGCAAGGAGAGUUGCCUGAAUGAACUCGGCUUGCUUUAA